AUUUGUAACAGUAUUCAAAAUUCUCAGCUGGAAAAAUGAAUUGCAAGCGUCAAGGUGGUGCCGCAAGGAGUCUCACACGCAUACCUCCCAAGCCAUCCGUUUCAACGAUAAGUGGGGAAGCGCCAGAGAUUACGCGUCGAAUGAAGAAAUAUCUCAAAUUGAUUGCUCUGUACAAAGGCCACGACUGCUUGUGGCAUCAAUGUAAUAGCAAUUUUUUCAAUAAACCUGUGAAGGAGAAAGUCUGGAAGGAGAUUGCCAGAAAGAUGAAGAAAAAGUCAGAUCCUAAUCGCUGGAAAUUCCUAAUUAACAAACUUCGCUAUAAAGUCGAACUGGAGCGCCUACAUCAGCAGGAGGCAAAGUUCCAGCCGGAUUUAGAGCUGCCGCCUAAACUGGAAUAUUCGGAUAAAUUUCAAUUCUUAAAUCAUAUGUUUGACAGAAAGUGGGGUAAAUCUCCUGUAACCACAGAGACUCCCAUUCCACAUGGAUCUGCUUGCUUUUUGAUGUUGAAUUCCGCUAGAAAGGAGUGCAGCAAAGUGACAUCGUACGCCAGCAAGCUAAAGACCUUGGGAAACCUAAGGAACAACAAGUGCAGCAGGCUAAGUCUCUCGCACGAGGCCUUUCGGAAGAUGAUGGUGGCCACCAGUGGCUCCCAGCGAUCGGAAAAGACAGCUUAAAGAAAAUAGAAUUGCCAUCGUAACCAUUGAAGCAGGGGAAAAGGAGAAUAUAAUUGCAUCAUAACCAUGAAAUAGUUGGAACGGAAAAACACCUUUUAAAGAAAACAAAAUUGCCAGCCUACCCGUAAGGCCAAGCCAGGGAAUGGAGAAGAGAUUUCUCGAUAGCUUCAUCGAGCGUUGAAGUAUGUCUCUGGCGGAAAGAGAUUCUAGUGCCGGCUGGAAGAUGUUAUUGGAAGGGAAAACAUUAUUAAUAUGAA